CCUCAAGUAAAAGCAUCGCAACAGUCUUAUAACGCCAGGCCCCCACGAUGCGCCUCAUCAACAAUGCGACGCUCACGCUCGAGUCCUUCAUGGGCAAGCCGCCCGCCUACGCCAUCCUCUCGCACACCUGGGCCGACGAGGAGGUCGUCUUCGAAGACUUCAUCGACGCCGAGGACGGCGGCCGCCUCCCUCGAGGGCAGAAGAGGAAGGAAGACAAGAAAGGCUUCCGCAAAAUCGCCAUGACGUGCGAGCUCGCGCGGGCCGAGGGCCUCACGCACUCAUGGGUCGACACGUGCUGCAUCGACAAGCGCAGCAGCGCCGAGCUCACCGAGGCCAUCAACUCCAUGUUCCGGUGGUACGCCGACGCCGCCGUGUGCUUUGCCUGGCUGGCCGACCUGGCCCCUGAGGCGGAAGGUCAAGAGGCAGGGCUAUCGAUGCGCCCCUCGCCUUACCAGCGGCAACAGCAGCAGCAGGAGCACAAAGAGCAGAACGAGGAGGAGGAAAAGGUCGAAGCAGCCUCCAAAGUGACGAUACCAGGCCUCGAGCGCUGCCGCUGGUUCACCCGCGGCUGGACCCUGCAGGAGCUCAUCGCGCCGCCGACGGUCCGCUUCUACGACUCGGCCUGGCGCCCCCGCGGCACCAAGGCGGACCUCGGGGCGCAGCUCGCGCGCAUCACCAACGUCCACCGCUCGACGCUCGCCGACCCGAAGCGCAUGCACCGCCUGUCCGUGGCCGCGCGCAUGGCGUGGGCGGCCGGGCGCGAGACCACGCGCGCCGAGGACGCGGCGUACUGCCUGCUGGGCGUCUUCGACGUCAACAUGCCGCUGCUCUACGGCGAGGGCGGCGAGCGCGCGUUCCUCCGGCUCCAGGAGGCGAUUGCGUCGCAGACCAACGACCUUUCGCUGUUUGCGUGGACGGCUCAGCCAGCGGCGGCGGCGGCGACAGCAGGAGCAGCGGUAAGAACAGAGGAAGAGGGGGGCGACAGGAAACCGCAGAGCUUCCGCGGCGUGCUUGCCUCGUCGCCAGCCGAGUUCCGCGGCGCGGCGUCUAUACGGCUGCUGCGCGACGCGGCGUAUGACCCCGAGUUCCUCAUCACCAACAAGGGGCUGCGCAUGAACACGAGCAUCUUCGCCGGAGACGGCGGCUACUUUCUAGGCCUCAACUGCGCGCACUACUACAACGACAGUGGCCCGCCUUCUUCUGCGCAUGAACAUGGCCAAGGGGGACAAGUGACGGCGACGGCGGCGACGACGACGACGCACGGCGAGGAGCUCGGCAUCUGGAUCCAGCAGCACGGCGGCGGCGUGUACAACCGCGUGCGCCCGCACGAGCACGCGCGCCGCCCGCCCGGCGAGAAGCCCAAGCCGGCGCGCAUCUUCCUCUCGCGGCACGUCUCAGCCGAGCUGUCGCUGGAGCUCGAGGACAGCCAGGACCGGGCGCUGGUGCUGCGGCGCGGCUUCAACGAGCACCUGGUCGCGCCGCACAGCCCCGAGUUUCCCUUUGCCGCCAUCUCGGUGCUGCCGGCGGACCAGUGGGACGCGCGACGGCGCAUGUUUGUGACGCGCGGGGCGGCUGGGGGCGGAGGAGCAAGAGAAGUAGGAGGAGGAGAAGGAGGAGGUGGUGGUGGGUUCGCGGCGUACGCGUAUUUCAUGGCGCGGUUCGACUGCGACGUGUUCCGCGAGGAGAUUGUUGCGAGCUCCGAGAGCUUCGUGCUGGCGUUUGGGUGGCGCGCCGGCGAGGACGAGCCGUGGGUGAGCGUCGCGUCGAUGCGCGAGCCCGCCGUGCACGAGGCCAUGGGCGACGUGGGCAGGAUGACGGCGGCGGUUCUUGGGGGGGCGGGGGAGACGAGGAAGAGGGACGUCAGGGAGAUGGUGCUGCGGGACUACUACCAGUGGAUCACAAAGGUCAUCCGCGUCUCGGUGGAGGCCGUGGCGACGGCGGAGGGCAUGGUGGUGUACAAUAUCGACAUGGACAUGGUGGACGCGCCGGACCAUGUGCUCAACGGGCCCGAGGGGGCGCUCUCUCACCCGGAGAGCCCGCUGUACAAGAAGAUGAGACCGAACCGGCGACGGAAGUAACAAGUCGAAAACUCAAGAGCAGCGUUGAACCGGACUGAAGGAAGG